GUUCGACAACACCAUCUCUCACCUUGGGCCAGCAUCACCGAAUUGGAACUCCUAGCAGGGGAGCCGAGUGAUGUUGGAUGAGUACGAGUAUCCAGGAAAGCUCGGAAAAUGGAUCUGGGUUGUAUGCGCAACGCUCACGCUCCUCUCAGACCUCGGCGUGAUCGUUCUCUCUGCUUGGACUCUGCACGACUUUAAACACACUCUCGCUCGAGAGACGUCUAGGGCUUUGAGAUCGUCAUUGGGCUGUGCGAUCGUGGAUUUGCUGCCCAUCGUCGCUCUCCUCCUCCCACUUUCAAGGAGACUCUGUCCACGCUGGCAUCGAGGAAAUUUGAUGACGACGGCCAUGGCAUGGUUCGCAUCAAUGGGAGUCGGCUCGCUGGUGGCUGGAUACGCAUCGCUUCAGAUCAGCCAGCACCGUUCUUCGUCCUGUGAAGGGCUAUUUGGUCCGGCGUUGUGUAUCUCGCUGAAGGCCAUCGUGGUUUUGGCGGCUUUGGUAUUUCUUAUUCCUGCCGCCUUCAUUGUAGGGUCCGUUGUCGCUCUAGUGACGAGCGUAUACUGCUCCUCUGUGUGGUAUUUCCUCGACGGACAGGCCAGCUAUACUCGAACGCUUCGCAAGAGGGAACAUGAGACCCUUCUGUAUGGUGACUUGGAGUGCAGACGCUGCCAGGCUCGUGAAGCAGGCGAUGAUCUUUGGAGAUUGUGAAAUGUAGUAUUGUAUGAUUAGAUUAGAUUAAUCCAGCUUAACCGAUCCCCAUGGUGCGAGCGACAGCUCGAACCCUGUCGAAGUCGAUCGUGUCAUGACUCUUUGCAGGUGCAUGCUC